AUGAAUCGGCCUGCCUUGUCGCUCACGCCCGACCCGCCACUGGCGGCGCCGGCCAAGUUCUCCUUGCCGGCGAGUGUCACGAACUUCGACGUCGGCACGACCCCCGCCUUCACCCUGGGCGUCUGGGCGGACGCGCCCGCUGAGAAGCCCUGCGGAGCCAAGCCCGACGUCACCGUGAAGUUUUCCGGCCUCAAAGCGUUCAAAACCAAGAAUAUCGUCGUGAAGGGCCUGUCGGCGCCGGCCGGGCUGCGCACGCUGCGCUUGUUUGUGGACUCCGAGUGCAAGGUCAAUGAGACCAGCGAGGGCAACCAGUUUGCCUUCAACUACACAGUGACCGCCAAUAGUUUCGCGGCCCUCAUUGGUGGCACCUUUGAUGUCGAGGUCGCGGUCAAAAACACGGGCAGCAAGGCGGCACCUAUUGGCACAAUCAAGCUCUUGUCUGUCCCUGAUAACGACACCCGGGUCUUGAACUGCACCACUCCCUCUCCGGACGUCACACUGAAGUUUACCGACACCAUUCAGCCAGGCAAGGUGAAGGUGUUCAAGGUGCCUGGCCUCAAGACGCCCACCACGCCCGGCUUCUACGAGCUCCAAGUCCUGGUUGAUGCCGCGAAGCUGAUCGCGCGCGGCGGCCUCAGGUCCGGCGGCACCGCCGAGCUCAGGAUCACCUUCAAGAACGUUGGCAACGCGCGCGGCGCGCUCGGCGUCGUGGCGGCGUUUGCGAACUCGGACGAGCUGCCUGAAAUUGACUUCAAUUGCACGACGAGCAGCGGGGCGGGCUGGGUGUCGACCGCGGAGCUGACUGCCCAGGUGGCAGUGAACGCCAAGGCGACGGCCGUCAUCACGGGGCUCAAGCUGCCCUCCACCCCAGGCACUUACUUUGCUGUAGUGCUGCUCGACAGCACGUGCAAGAACCCAUCAAUAUCCGAGGUGUAUGAGGAGUUGUUCAUACCGUCUUUUGCUGUGCGAUACACUCUCAAGGUUUGA